AUGGAGUCCUACUUCCAGAACCGACGUAUCCGCCGAGCAACAGAGGAAGACUUGGCCAAUAUUCAAUCCAAAUCUGUCCGAACCAGUAUCUCAGGGUCAGACCCGGAGGCAGGACUAGCAGAGAAGCCAGCCGUUUUCGCAGAUACUACCCUUAUACCUGGUGUGACUGUUUCUCGGCCAGAUGGAGACAAUGGCGAGGUAGUCUUCCUGGUUGGGUGGAGGGAAAACGACCCAAACAACCCACUGAAUUGGUCGCUGCUUCGAAAGUGGGUGGUCAUGUUAGCCUGCUGUCUGAUUGCUAUGUCAAUGACAAUCCCCUCUUCGGUGGAGGGUGCCACUCAAGACGCCUUCGAUGCCCGCUUUGGUGUAAACGCCAUGGCUGGAUCGAUGACUACCGGUAUCUUCCUUAUUGGAAUCGCAGUAGGCUCUCUGUUCUCAGGUCCGUUCUCUGAGACAUUUGGCCGCAACAUCGUCUACUUCAGUGCCAUGAUCAUCACAAUGAUCUUCAUCAUGGCUAAGGCGCUGGUACCAAACUAUGGCGCCGCUCUCGCCUUCCGAUUCAUUUGUGCUCUCUUCGCAGCCACCCCGAUGACCGUAUCCGGUGGUACCGUCGGUGAUAUCUGGGAGCCAAUGCAAAUUCCCUUUGGUCUGCCCUUGCUCACUAUCGCCGCCUACGCUGGUCCUAUCCUGGGUCCCGUGAUCGGUGCCUAUACGCCCGAAAUUGGCUACGAGUGGGGCGACUGGCUCUCGAUGAUCAUUGUCGGUGUCGCCUUGGUAGUGGUUCUGAUUGCACAGCCCGAGACAUUCAGCCCUGUUCUGUUAGAAUGGCGCGCGAAACACCUGCGCGAGCUAACUGGCGACAAUCGAUACCGCGCCGCCCAUGCCGCAGAUGCCAACUCUCUGGGUCCACGACUGCUCACCAAUGUUUCCCGGCCAUUUAUAAUGAUCUGGACCGAGCCUAUCAUUCUGAUCUUCAGUUUCUACCUUGUCCUGCUCUACUUUGUGAUGUUCACCUUCCUUAACGGCUAUCCCUUCAUCUUCGCCAAUGUGUACGGCAUCAGCACGGGCAUGACCUUUGUCAUCUUCUCCGCAAUGAUUCCCGGUGUCAUGGUCGCAUUGGCUAUGAUUCCUGUUCUAUAUGGCCUAACAAAGAAGGUCGCGAGACAAGCCGAGGCAGAGGGCAAGGCUUUGCAACCAGAGGUAUCGCUCUACUGGGCGAUGGCGGGCGCAUCUAUCUUGAUGCCAAUUUCCCUCUUUUGGAUGGCUUGGACCUGCUACGCCAACAUUAGCAUCUGGUCGCCGAUUGUGGCCUCCGGUUUCUUCGGCUACGCGCUUGUUUGCAUUUUCACUACAACCUACAUGUACAUAAUCUUUGUCUACCUGCAGUAUGCAGCGUCGGCUCUGGGAUUCAUGUCCUUCGCCCGUUACCUCGUCGCUGGUGCCCUCAGCCCUGUGUCGGUGAAGAUGUACGAGAACAUCGGCCCCCAUUGGUCUGUUACCAUUGUUGCCAUUCUUGCAACCAUCAUGGCACCCGUUCCUUUUGUGUUAUACAAGUAUGGCCACAAGGUUCGGGCCAUGAGCAAGAACGCUGUCAACAAGGCAUAG